AUGAAUUUCGCACCCAUGACGGGUACAACUGUUCUCGUCACGGGGGGAUCUGGCUUUGUCGGCGCUCACAUUAUCGUUCAGGCGCUGGCGAAAGGUUAUGCUGUCCGAACUACUGUGCGAUCUUUAAGCCGCUCCAACUUUGUGCGGGAUAAGGUUCGCAGCGGAGGGAUAUCAGAGAAACAGGCAAACAGCGUUGAGUUCUUUGAAGUCGAUCUCCUCAGUGAUAAAGGCUGGGACGAGGCCUGUAGAGGCUGCGACUUUGUGAUCCACGUUGCGUCCCCUUACCCGUCGAGUAUUCCCAAGAAUGAAGACGACAUCAUCAAACCAGCUCGGGAAGGGACUCUGAGAGCACUCAAAGCUGCGAAAAAAUCCGGGACCGUCAAGCGUGUUGUCAUCACGUCUUCCUUUGCAGCCAUCGGCUACGGACACGGAAAGAGAACAAACAACGACCCGUUCACCGAGACGGACUGGACGGUGCUGAAAGACCCCAAAAGUCCUGUUGGGGCAUAUGAAAAGAGCAAAACUCUGGCGGAGCAAGAUGCGUGGCAGUGGCUGAGGAAUGAGGGGGAGGGUUUGGAACUGGUGACUGUCAAUCCAGUGAGCGUCUGGGGCCCUUCACUUGGAAACGAAAUCAACACCAGUUUGGAGCUCCCUACCCGGAUGCUGAAUGGGGAUCUUCCCGGAUUACCGAACCUCUCAUUCGGCAUUGUCGAUGUCAGGGAUGUCGCCGACCUGCAUAUCAAGGCCAUGGAGGCUCCGGAAGCAGCGGGUCAACGAUACUUGGCCAUAUCUGAUGAACUCUCGGUCUCGACAAAGGAUAUAUCGACAUACUUGAAAGAGGGGUUGCCGGCAAGGGAAACGAAGAAAGUUCCAACUCAUAUGCUCCCCGAUUUUCUCUUACGCAUUGUCGCUGCUUUUGACAAGUCCGUUGCAUUAAUCGUCCCAGAAUUGGGUAUUGUCAGACCAACGAGCAAUGGAAAAGCUAAGAGAGAGCUGAACUGGGCCCCACGCAGCGCUCGAGAUGCCGUGGUGGCCAGCGCUGAGAGCAUGAAAAGGACUGGUAGAGUAAAGUUCUAG